GAAUAUGCCUGGCAUUGUUAACGCCUCCGUUGAUCUGCGGAAUUUGAAUCCACAAGAAUGGAUGUCGCCAUCAGUCACACCGUCUGAUGAACUCGUUAACAGACUAGACUCUUCUUUUCGGGCGAAAAUAGAAACAUUGUGUAUGCAACUUCAGGGUAAACUUUGUCGCGAAAUGGAGAAAAUUGAUGGUCAGGCGAGAUUUCGCGUAGAUAAAUGGGAUAGGAAAGCGGGCGGCGGUGGUAUUUCGUGUGUUAUGGAGAACGGUGCUGUUUUUGAGAAGGCAGGAGUGAAUAUUAGUUCUAUAACUGGUACGCUCAGUGAGAACGCAGUGAAGGAAAUGCGUGUAAGACAUCAGGAACUGAAUGUCGAUAAUGAAUGCAACUUUUUUGCUUGCGGUAUAAGUUCCGUUAUCCACCCGCUGAAUCCCUUCGUUCCAACAACACACUUCAAUUUUCGUUACUUCGAAGUCAUCCAGUCUGAUGGUCGUAAGAGUUGGUGGUACGGUGGUGGCUCGGAUUUGACUCCCUACUAUCUGUUCGAGGAGGAUGCGCGGCACUUUCACGAGCAAUUGAAGCUAGCCUGUGACAAACACGAUCCAACAUAUUACCCACGCUUCAAGAAAUGGUGCGACGAGUACUUCUUUUUGAAGCAUCGAGGUGAAACUCGCGGAGUUGGUGGCAUUUUCUUUGAUGAUCUUGAAGGACAAUCGCAGCAGCAAGUUUUCGAGUUCGUUCGUUCAUGUGCGGAGGCGAUUAUACCGGCCUAUCUCCCCAUUGUGGAGCGACGUAAAGACACGCCGUACGGAGAUCUUGAACGUGAAUGGCAAUUGGUACGGCGAGGUCGCUACGUCGAGUUCAACCUAAUCUACGAUCGUGGUACAAAAUUCGGUUUGGCAACUCCAGAAGCUCGGGUCGAAAGCAUCCUGAUGUCAUUACCUUUACACGCACAAUGGGUUUACUGCUAUGAAGACUCUAAGGAUCCUCGGAAUCAAAGUCUGAUUGAAGUGCUGAAGAAUCCCCGUGAAUGGUUAUGACCAUGAGUAUACUGUGCUCUUCGUUGCAGCCUCACUAUCUCUCUUUGCUAGUGUUGUUUUUUGACCCGCUUCUAGAUAGUGCUUUCUCUAGCCAUGCCGCUUCGAAAAACGUAGUCUUCUACUUCUGUUUGAUGCCAAAUCAGUUCCUGCACUGUACAAUAUUUCAUCAGAUCUUGUUCACAAAUGAUCUACUCGGC